UGAUAUCGAAUGGAGAAGCUGCCACGUAGGACAGAGAUAGAGAUUACAGACCUUUCCACCUCUCAUUCCCCUCCUUCAUCACCUCUCUAUCUUUAGUCCACUCAUUCCCUUUCAACAAACAAAAAACUCAAUACCAAAACCUUUACUCCCGUUUUAUUUGUUAGAAAUUUCAUACACAGAAGCAGUUGGGUGCAGAGAGAGAGAGAGAGAGAGAGAGAGAGAGGGAGAGAGAGAUGGCUUCCACUUCUGCAGUCUCAAUGGCAAUGCCACUAACCUAUGCAACCCAAAAGAGGGUUCCAACAACCUCUGGGGCUUUCUUCAAGCCACUUCUAGUGAGGCCCUCCAAGGCCAUACCUGCUGCUUCAAAAUCAAUUGGGAGGGUUCAAGUGAGGGCUUCCAUGAAGGAGAAGGCAGUCACGGGGCUCACGGCGGCUGCUCUGACGGCUUCCAUGGUGAUACCAGAUGUGGCUGAGGCUGCAUCUGGGGUUUCUCCGUCGCUCAAGAACUUCUUGCUCAGCAUUGUGGCUGGUGGAGUCGUGCUUACUGCCAUUAUUGGUGUUGUCAUUGGUGUUUCCAACUUUGACCCAGUGAAACGGAGCUGAUCAGAAAGCAAUUCUGAGGAUGACAUUUGGUUUUUAUGUCCCUGUUUAAUGCUUUCAUUAAUGAUUUCUGUGUUGUAUGUGUAAUAUGUUACUCUUUUAUCUGUAAUUUGGUCGGAAACUGAAUUCUGAAAUUUUACUUUCCAUCUUUUA